AUGGCACAUGAAGUUGCCAACCACCGUCUCCUCCUCUGUCUCCUCUCCUGUCUCCUCCUCUCUUUCUCCAUCGCCGAUGAUGCCGCCGUCAUGUCUAAGCUCGCCACCUCCAUCUCUCCCGCCCCAUCAAGCUGGACAGGUACUGAUUUCUGUUCAUGGAAUGGUAUCAACUGUGACAACUCCAACCCGAAACGUGUCACCGCCAUUAAUCUCGCCUCCAAAUCUCUCACCGGAAACCUCCCUUCGGACCUGAACCAGCUCUCCCAACUCAAAACCCUCGCCCUACAAAGCAACUUCCUCUCCGGCGACUUACCCACCUUGGCAAAUCUCACUGUCCUCGAAGAAGUGUUCCUCGAUGGCAAUAACUUCACUUCUAUCCCAUCGGAUUUCUUUCUGGGUCUGACGAAUCUACAGAGUUUUAGCAUUUCAGACAACUUAGAUCUGUCUUCAUGGGUUCUUCCGAAUCAUCUCACAGAUAGCAGCAAUCUGCAGACGUUUCAGGCGAGUAACGCGAAGAUAAUGGGAUCCAUCCCGGACAUCUUUGAUAGUUUCCCUAAUUUGCAGAACCUCCGGCUCUCUUACAACAAUCUCACCGGAAACCUACCGAAGAGUUUUGGGGGUUCCGAAAUCCAGAAUCUUUGGCUCAACAAUCAAGAAAGUGGACUUUCUGGUACGCUUGAUGUGCUUUCUUCAAUGACACAACUUUCUCAAGUAUGGCUACAAGCUAACGCAUUCACUGGUGCUAUCCCGGAUCUCUCCAAAUGCACUAAUCUGAACGAUUUACAACUCCGAGAUAAUCAGUUCACCGGAAUCGUUCCUCCGUCGCUGAUGUCUCUUCCCCAAUUAUCAAAGAUUUCUCUACGAAACAACAAGUUGCAAGGUCCAUUGCCUGUGUUUGGCUCUAAUGUCACCGCCGAUAUCACUUCCAAUAGCUUCUGUUCACCUAAUCCGGGACCAUGUGAUCCACAAGUAACGGCGCUCCUCGAGGUCGCCGGAGCAGUUGGAUAUCCGAUGUCGUUAGCGGAGUCUUGGCAAGGAAACAACGCCUGCGACAGCUGGAGCUUCGUUAGCUGUGAUUCUUCCGGGAAGAAUGUCACCACCGUGAGCUUAUCCAGGCAGAAACUUUCAGGUCAAGACAUUCCAAUUGGACCUCCGGGCCCACCUGGAUCCACACCGAGCUCCACCGAUCCCGGUAAAAACCCAUCUAAUUCCUCAAAAAAGUCCCCCGUCUCCGGCGGUAUGGUCGCCGGAAUUGUAGUCGGCGUUCUUGUUUUUCUCGCAAUCGUGUUCUUUGUUUUCUUCAAGUGUUGCGCGAAGAAGAAGCACCAAAAGUUCGGUCGUGUUGAGAACCCAGAAAUCGGUCAAGAAUUGAUGAAACCAAGCGUCAUCGGAACCAGUUCAAACGGAUUCAAUGGCGGAUUUAGCGAGUUGCAGAGCCAGAGCUCCGGCGACCAUAGUGAAAUGCAUGUUUUCGAAGGGGGUAAUGUCGUAAUUUCAAUUCAAGUUCUCAGACAAGUCACGAACAAUUUCAGCGAAGAUAACAUACUAGGAAGAGGUGGAUUUGGGGUCGUUUACAAAGGGGAAUUACACGAUGGAACAAAAAUUGCAGUCAAAAGAAUGGAAUCGGGUGUCAUGGGAACGAAAGGGUUAAACGAAUUUCAAGCUGAAAUUGCGGUUCUCACUAAGGUUAGACAUAGACAUUUAGUGGCGCUUCUUGGGUAUUGUAUCAAUGGAAAUGAGCGACUUUUGGUGUAUGAGUAUAUGCCACAAGGGACUUUAAGUCAACAUUUGUUUGAAUGGAGUGAACAUAAGACACCUUCACUUAGUUGGAAACAAAGGGUUUCAAUUGCUUUAGAUGUGGGAAGAGGGGUUGAGUAUUUGCAUAGUUUGGCACAACAAAGUUUUAUUCAUAGAGAUUUGAAACCUUCAAAUAUUCUUCUUGGUGAUGAUAUGAGGGCUAAAGUUGCGGAUUUUGGUUUGGUUAAGAAUGCACCGGAUGGGAAGUAUUCGGUUGAGACACGACUUGCGGGGACUUUCGGUUAUCUUGCACCCGAGUAUGCUGCAACCGGAAGAGUGACAACAAAGGUCGAUGUUUUCGCAUUCGGUGUGGUGUUAAUGGAGUUGAUAACGGGCCGAAAAGCCCUAGACGAAACCAUGCCCGAUGAGCGGUGUCAUUUGGUGACAUGGUUCCGAAGAGUCCUCAUCUCAAAAGAAAACAUGCUAAAAGCCAUUGACCAAACCCUAGAAACCGAAGACGAAGAAACAUUGGAUAGCAUUUCAAAAGUAGCAGAGCUCGCGGGCCACUGUACGGCCCGCGAGCCUUUUCAGAGACCUGACAUGGGUCACGCAGUGAACGUGUUGGGUCCUCUGGUCGAGCAGUGGAAGCCUUCUCGACCAGAGGAAGAGGAUGGCUAUGGAAUCGACCUCCAUAUGAGCCUUCCUCAAGCCCUUCAAAGAUGGCAAGCCGAUGAGGGUACUUCUAGAACAUUUGAUAUGUCUUUUAGUCAAACACAAUCGAGUAUUCCCUCUAAGCCUUCGGGAUUUGCUGACUCAUUUGACUCGAUGGAUUGCCGAUGAAUCCGAUACACAGAUAUAUUUCGUGAUAUUUUUUCAUUUUUUAUGGGUAAGAUUGAAAUUGAAAAGCAUGUUGUUAACUUGUUAUUAUUGUUUGCAAU